AUGUGUCGACACACGUUCAGCCCCCUGAUUCCAGUGGUGUCUGGGGUUUCUGUGCUGCCCUGUCGGGGGGGUGUUUGGGGGGAUGCCCCCCUGGGGGGGUUAGUCGGCCAUAGCUCGCAGUUCGUGGCCGUUUUGUGCCGAGUGGGCGCCUCUGCUGUCAUCACAACGUGGCCCCGGCUCUGUGCCGCGAGGGGCAUGCACUCAGCCUUUUGCCGCCAUUCGUCCAAAUGUCUAAUCCCCGUAAUCCCCCGCCUCCCCCUCUUCCGCCCCCCGCCUCCCCCUCCUUCCCCCCCCCCCUCCCCCUCCUCCCCCCUUCCCGUCUCCGGCUCCUCUGUGAUGUUUGCGCCUCCGCUGGGGCCGGCGGUGGAGCGGGAGCAGGUGGAGCGCAUUCAGCCCCAGCUGCAGCACGCCAACGCGGUGGGCCAGGGCCUCAUCCAGAGCGCCGCCAAGCACACCGACACGCAGGCGCUGGAGCACGACCUGGAGACCACCAACCUGCGCUGGAACUCGCUCAACAAGCGGCUGGCGGAGCGGAUAGCCCAGCUGCAGGAGGCCCUGUUGCAUUGUGGGAAGUUCCAGGACGCCCUGGAGCCUCUGCUGAGCUGGCUGAGCGACACUGAGGAGCUGGUGGCCAAUCAGAAGCCUCCGUCUGCCGAAUACCGCGUGGUCAAGGCCCAGAUCCAAGAGCAAAAGCUGUUGCAGAGACUCUUAGACGACCGCCGGCCAACCGUGGAGAUGAUCCGCGCUGAGGGCGAGCGGAUCGCGGCCACAGCCGACGCUCAGGACCAGGAGAAGAUCCAGACUCAGCUCCAGUGUCUGUCCGAGAGGUGGUGCAGCCUGCUGGACAAAGCCAGCUCCAGGAAGAAGACGGUGGACCAGGCCAUCCGGAACGGCCAGGCUCUUCUGAAGCAGACCACAGGCGAGGAGGUGCUGCUCAUCCAGGAGAAGCUGGACGGGAUCAAGUCGCGCUACGCGGAGGUGACGGCGGGCAGCGCCCGGGCGCUGCGCACGCUGGAGCAGGCGCUGCAGCUCGCCACCCGCUUCGCCGCCGCCCACGACGACCUGGCCCAAUGGCUGGACGGCGUGGAGGCGGAGCUCAGCAGAACGGAGGCCGACGCCACGCCCGCCUACCAGGAGAGGCAGAAGAGGUGCGAGGGAUCGGGCUGUUUGGAGGUGGAGCUGACCUCUGGGGUUUCUCCUGGGCAGGAGCUGAAGAAGCUGUCUGCAGAGAAGCGUCUGGUUCUGGACACGCUCAACGAGGUGGGCGGCGCCCUGCUGGACCUGGUGCCCUGGCGGGCCCGCGAGGGCCUGGACCGCCUGGUGGCCGACGCCAACCAGCGCUACCGGCACGCCGACGACACCAUCACCCAGAGGGUGCAGCUGGUGCAGGCCGCCAUCCAGAGGUCGCAGCAGUACGAGGAGGCCGUGGACGCGGAGCUGGCCUGGGUGGGCGAGACGGAGCGGAAGCUGGCGUCUCUGGGCCCCCUGAGCCUGGAGCCCGACGUGACGGGGGCCCAGCUGCAGGUGCAGAGGGCCUUCAACAUCGACAUCAUCCGCCACAAGGACGCCGUGAAGACGGGCUCCCUGAGUGCUCGCUACGAGGGCGUGAGCCAGAGCCACAGCGAGCGCUUCUCGGCCCUGGAACAGGCCCAGGUCCUGGUGGCCCGCUUCUGGGAGACCCACGAGGAGCUGGAGCCCUGGCUGGGAGAGACGGAAGCCCUCAUCAUGCAGCUCCCGCCGCCCGCCAUCGACACAGACGCCCUGCGGCUGCAGCAGGACCAGAUGAGGCUGCUCAGAGAGUCCAUCGCAGAGCACAAACCGCACAUCGACAAGCUGUUGAAGAUCGGCCCCCAGCUGGCCGAGCUCAGCCUCCAGGAGGGGGCCACCGUCAUCCAGCGCUACACCGACGCCGAGAGGCGCUACCUGGCCAUCAAGGAGGAGGUCAAAGGUCGCGCCACGUCCCUGGACGAGGCGGUGUCCCAGUCGACCCAGUUUCACGACAAAAUGGACCCGCUGCUGGAGACGCUGGAGGCGGCGGCGCAGCCCGUCCGGUCCCGCCUCCUGCGCCUGCGCUCGCUCUGGGACGAGAUCCGGCAGCGGGCCGAGGAGCGGGAGGGCAAACUGAACGACGUGCUGGACCUGGCGGGGAAGUUCUGGGCCGACGUGGCGGCGCUACUGAGCACGCUCAGAGACUCCCAGGACAUCGUGCGGGAGCUGGAGGACCCCGGCGUGGACCCCUCGCUCAUCAAGCAGCAGAUCGAGGCUGCGGAGGCCAUCAAGGCGGAGACGGACGGCCUGAGGGAGGAGCUGGAGUUCGUCAGGACCCUCGGGGCUGACCUCAUCUUUGCCUGCGGGGAGACCGAGAAGCCGGAGGUCAAGAAGACCAUCGACGAGAUGAACGCCGCCUGGGAGGGGCUGAACCGCACAUGGAGGGAGAGGAUGGAACGGCUGGAGGAGGCCAUGACGGCCUCUGUUCAGUACCAGGACGCUCUGCAGUCCAUGUUCGACUACCUGGACAACGCUGUGAUCAAGCUGUGUGAGAUGUCGACGGUGGGCACCGAGCUGGGAACCGUCAAGCAGCAGAUCGAGGAGCUCAAGCAAUACAAGGUGGAGGUGUACCAGCAGCAGAUCGACAUGGAGAAGCUGUGCCACCAGGGGGAGCUGCUGCUGAAGAAAGUGUCGGACCAGACGGACCGGGACAUGAUCCAGGAGCCCCUGACGGAGCUGCGCCACCUCUGGGAGAACCUGGGGGACAAAAUCACCCAGAGACAGCACAAGCUGGAGGGCGCCCUGCUGGCCCUGGGCCAGUUCCAGCACGCCCUGUCCGAGCUGCAGUCCUGGCUGAGCCACACUCACACCACCCUGGACACGCAGCGGCCGGUCAGCUCCGACCCCAAAGCCAUCGAGAUCGAGCUGGCUAAACACCACGUGUUGCGUAACGACGUGCUGUCCCAUCGCGCCACCGUGGAGACGGUGAACGGCGCCGCCGCCGAGCUGCUGGAGUCUUCCCCGGGGGACGAGGCCAGCCACCUGCGGGACCAGCUGGACCAGCUCAACCACAGCUGGGAGAGUCUGCUGCUCAAGACCCAGGAGCGCCAGAAGCUGCUGGAGGCCGCCCUGCAGCAGGAGCUCCAGGCCCAGCUGGCCCAGCGGGCCGACCUGUACCACCGGCUGCUGGACCAGGGCGAGUCCAUGCUGCUGGCCCGGGGGGGGGAGGAGCCGGGCCCCGGCACCACCCAGACCCAGCAGAACCUGGCCAUGCUCCAGAACAAGUGGGCCAGCCUGAACGCCAAGAUGGACGACCGCAGGGGGAAGCUGGAGGAGGCCGUCUCCCUGGCGACGGGCUUCCAGACCUCCCUGCAGGACACCAUCAACUGGCUGACCCAGACCGAGCAGACCCUGAACAUGGCGCAGCCCCCCAGCCUCAUUCUGGACACCGUCCUCUUCCAGAUCGACGAGCACAAGGUGUUUGUGAACGAGCUGAACACCCACAGGGAGCAGGUCCUGGCUCUGGAGAAAGCCGGCUCCCAGCUCCGCUUCGCCAGCCUGAAGCAGGACGUGGUCCUGAUCAAAAACCUGCUGCUCAGCGUCCAGGCCCGCUGGGACAAGCUGGUCCAGAGGUCGCUGGACCGCGGCCGCCACCUGGACGAGGCCCGCAAACGGGCCAAGCAGUUCCACGAGGCCUGGAGGAAGCUGACGGACUGGCUGGAGGAAGCCGAGAAAAGGCUGGACUCAGAGCUGGAGAUUUCCAACGAGCCGGACAAGAUCAAAGUCCAGCUGACCAAACACAAGGAGUUUCAGAAGGCGCUGGGCUCGAAGCAGCCCGUCUACGACACCACCGUGAGGUCCGGAAAGGCCAUGAGGGACAAAGCCCAGCUGCCCGCCGACCAGCAGAAGCUGGACCACCUGGUGGGGGAAGUCCGGGACAAGUGGGACACCGUCUGCGGGAAGAGCGUGGAGAGGCAGCACAAGCUGGAGGAGGCGCUGCUGUUCUCAGGCCAGUUCGCAGAGGCUCUCCAGGCGUUGGUGGACUGGCUGUACCGAGUGGAGCCCCAGCUGGCUGAGGACCAGCCCGUCCACGGGGACCUGGACCUGGCGCUGAAGCGCUCGGCUCGGGACCUGAUGGACACGGGCCGCGAUGAUACCGCCUGGGUCAAAGUCCAGCUCCAGGAGCUAAGCAACCGCUGGGACACAGUGUGCGCCCUGUCCGUCACCAAGCAGACCCGGCUCCAGCAGGCGCUCAAACAGGCGGAGGAGUUCCGCACGGCGGUGCAGAUGCUGCUGGAGUGGCUGUCGGAGGCGGAGCAGACGCUGCGUUUCCGCGGUGUCCUGCCUGAGGAGGCGGAGACUCUGCAGGCGCUGCUGCACACGCACCGAGACUUCAUGGGCACCGUGGAGGAGAAGAGGACCGACGUGAACAAGGCCGCCGGCAUGGGGGAGGGCAUCCUGACGCUGUGCCACCCAGACUCCAUCACCACCAUCAAGCACUGGAUCACCAUCAUCAGGGCGCGAUUCGAGGAGGUGCUGACGUGGGCCAAGCAGCACGAGCAGAGGCUGGAGACAGCUCUGUCUGAGGUGCUCAGCAACGCCAACCUGCUGGAGGAGCUGCUGUCCUGGCUGCAGUGGGCCGAGACCACUCUGGUCCAGAGGGACACGGAGCCCCUGCCUCAGGACAUCCCGCAGCUCAAGACGCUCAUCACCGAGCACCAGAUGUUUAUGGAGGAGAUGACCAGGAAGCAGCCAGACGUCGACAAAGUGACGAAGACCUACAAGAGGAAGCCGGCCGAGGCUCCCAGCAGCCUGGCCGAGAGGAGAGGAGCCCGUACGUCCUCCGGGCGUCCGCCCGCUCGCCGGCGCCGUCGGCGCCGUCUCCCCCCCCCCCAGCCGGCUGAAUCCUGUGUUCUGUCUGCAGGCAAACAGCAGCAGCAGCAGCAGCCGGCGGCGGCCAUGCAGCUGCAGGGGGGGAACCCCCGGCUCAACCAGCUGUGUGCCAGGUGGCAGCAGGUGUGGCUGCUGGCUCUGGACCGCCAGCGGAAGCUGAACGACGCCUUGGACCGGCUGGAGGAGCUCAAGGAGUUUGCCAACUUUGACUUCGACGUGUGGAGGAAGAAGUACAUGCGCUGGAUGAACCACAAGAAGUCCCGAGUCAUGGAUUUCUUCAGGCGCAUCGACAAGGACCAGGACGGGAAGAUCACCCGGCAGGAGUUCAUCGACGGCAUCCUGGCCUCCAAGUUUCCCACCAGUAAGCUGGAGAUGACGGCGGUGGCCGACAUCUUCGACCGGGACGGGGACGGUUACAUCGACUACUACGAGUUCGUCGCCGCUCUGCAUCCCAACAAGGACGCGUACCGGCCCACCACCGACGCCGACAAGAUAGAGGACGAGGUGACCCGGCAGGUGGCCCAGUGCAAGUGUGCCAAGAGGUUCCAGGUGGAGCAGAUCGGAGAGAACAAAUACCGAUUCGGCGACUCCCAGCAGCUGCGUCUGGUCCGGAUCCUGCGCAGCACGGUGAUGGUGCGAGUCGGAGGCGGCUGGAUGGCGCUGGACGAGUUCCUGGUGAAGAACGACCCGUGCAGAGCUCGUGGUCGCACCAACCUGGAGCUCAGGGAGAAGUUCAUCCUCCCGGAGGGGGCGUCCCAGGGCCUGGCCGCCUUCCGCUCCCGGGGCCGGCGCUCCAAACCGGGCUCCCGCAACGCCUCGCCCACCCGCUCCUCGUCCUCCGCCUCACACAGCGGCGCCUCGCUCCCGUCGGCGCCCUCCGCCCCCGCCACGCCCACGGCCUCGGCCUCAUCCAGGUCCUCCCACCCUCACUCUCGUGACUAUGCCAAGCCCUGGCUGGCACACAGUAAAACUCCAACGUCAACCAAGUGCCACUGCUGCCCAGAUCACGGUCACAGCCUCAUCACUCCUGGGCACGAGGGGGCGCCGUCGGGCUCCAAACUCAAGAGGCCGACCUUCCACUCGAGCCGAGGCUCGCUGACGGGGGAGAACGGCGGGACGGCGCACAGCGCCAAACGAACUGACCCUAAACGCGGCGCGUCCAGCGCCAGCGGCCCGACCAGCCGCGCGGGCAGCCGGGCGGGGAGCCGGGCGGGGAGUCGUGCCAGCAGCCGCCGCGGCAGCGACGCCUCGGACGCCUCAGAGCUGCAGGACGCUCGCUCCGUCUGCUCGGACACCUCUGACACCCCCAGGAGGCCCGGGGGCGGAGCCAAGCCCUCCAAGAUCCCCACCAUCUCCAAGAAGGCGUCCAGCCCCAAAACACCCACGUCCGGCAAGAAGUGA